UCUGUCAGUUCUAAUGAAGGUGUUAAGGAUGCUUCUCCUGUGGAGUCAAAUCGUGUGACCAAGAACUUUAGCCCUGUCAUACCAAUAAUGUUUAUCCAGCCUUGCAGCCGAAAGAGAACACUUGGAAGAGAUGCCCAUAAUCUUCUUGAUUAUUUCAAAAAAAUGCAAGCGGAAAAUCCUGGUUUCUACUAUGCUAUUCAACUUGAUGAUGAAAAUCGCAUGACAAAUGCCUUUUGGGCUGAUGCAAGAUCGAGGAUAGCUUAUAGUCACUUUGGUGAUGCUGUUAUUUUUGAUACAAUGUAUAGACCAAAUCAAUUCCAGGUUCCAUUUGCUCCAUUCACAGGCGUAAAUCAUCAUGGACAAAUUGUUUUGUUUGGCUGUGCAUUACUCUUAGAUGAGUCUGAGUCUUCCUUUACUUGGCUUUUCCGAACCUGGCUAUCUGCAAUGAAUAAUCGCCCUCCAGUUUCUAUUACAACCGACCAGGAUAGAGCUAUUAAGGCAGCAGUCAACCAAGUAUUACCAUGUACUCGUCAUUGCAUCUGUAAGUGGCAUAUCUUACGAGAAGGGCAGGAAAGAUUGGCUCACAUAUAUUUGGCUCAUCCUUCUUUUUAUGGGGAGCUGUAUAGCUGCAUUAACUAUUCUGAGACUAUUGAGGAUUUCGAAUUAUCUUGGGCCUCUAUACUUGAUAGGUAUGAUCUCAGGAAAAAUGAGUGGCUUCAAGCUGUAUAUAAUGCUCGCAACCAGUGGGCUCCAGUAUAUUUUCGAGAUACUUUCUUUGCUGCACUUUCCUCGAACCAGAGUGUAACCUCCUUUUUUGAUGGAUAUGUGAAUCAACAGACAACUCUACCAAUGUUCUUUAAGCAGUAUGAAAGAGCUUUAGAAAGUUCACUUGAAAGGGAAAUUCAAUCAGAUUUUGAUACAAAUUGCACCACACCAAUGCUAAAGACCCCAUCUCCAAUGGAACAACAAGCAUCUAACCUCUACACCAAAAAAGUUUUUGCAAAGUUUCAAGAGGAAUUAGUUGAAACUUUUGCCUACACUGCCAAUAAGAUUGAUGGUGAUGGGAGACUGAGCAAAUUUAGGGUCGCAAAAUAUGAACAGGAUGACAAAGCAUACAUUGUAAUGUUGAAUCUUGCCGAGAUGAAAGCAAGUUGCAGCUGCCAUAUGUUUGAGUAUUCGGGCAUCUUGUGUAGGCACAUCUUAACCGUCUUCACAGUGACUAAUGUUCUUACAGUUCCGUCCCAUUAUAUAGUUAGGAGGUGGACAAGGAAUGCAAAAGUUGGACAAGGAUCAGAAGAAGACAUUGUUAAAACUGGAAUUAAUUCUCUCUCUUCACGUUUCAACCACUUAUGUCUGGAAGCUUUAAGAUAUGCGGAAGAAGGGGCAGUUUCAGUGGAGACCUAUGAUGCAGCGAUUAGUGCUUUAAGAGACGGGUUGAGUAAGAUUUCUAUUGUUGCGAAAAAUAUUGUAAGACCCCCUAGCUCACAGGGAAGUGGAAGUACUCAGGAUGAGAGCAUAAAAAGAACUCUGGCUACUUCUAAUACCGCACCAUCUUUAUGGCCUUGGCAAGAUACUUUGCCUCAUCAUUUUAACCUUAAUGAUGUUGAUUUACCUGCUGGUGACUUAAAUCAGCCCACUAUGACACCUGUGGCUAUAAAUCGUGAUGGUGGCCUUGUUGAUAAUGUGGUUGUUUAUACUUGUUUCAAGUCUAUGACAUGGGUGAUUGAAAACACAACUCCAGCAAUUAAAGUGGCUGUCAUCAAUUUGAAGUUGCAAGAUUAUGGCAAGAGCCCAGCAGGGGAAACAGAAGUUCAGUUUAGAGUUACAAGAGUCACCCUGGAGCCAAUGCUGAAAUCCAUGGGUUACAUAAGUCAACAGCUUUCACUGCCGGCAAAUAGAGUAGCUGUUAUCAAUUUAAAGCUUCAAGAUACUAAGACACCUUCCGGAGAAACUGAAGUGAAAUUUCAAGUUUCAACGGAUACUCUAGGGUCAAUGCUGAGAUCGAUGGCUUACAUUCGUGAACAACUUUGAGAACUCCUUGUAAAUUGCUUCUGGAGGCAGAGACAGCACAUAUUCACAGCUGUAGUUAUCUCUAGUAACCACUCUGUUUGGUCUAUAUUCUGUUAGCACUUAGUCUAAGUAUAACUAUGUAGUUGACCCAACUUACUUUGUAGCUGUAUGCUGGAAAAUUAGUUGUGCAUGUGUAUGGAGGACCCUACAAAGAAUGUAGUCAUUUUAGCUUUAGGUUAGUAGUAGUUGUUUCAUUGAUGACACCUAUCAAUAUUUCUUUUUUUGGUGUAGGUAUAGGUGUAAUCUGUUAUUUGUAUUCGGGUGUAAUCUGCCUGUGCUAAUAUUACUCCCAUGUAUGAGGGAUCUCUUGUUUUCUUCA